AAGGCCCCUUGGUGCCCCGGAAGUGGCCCGGUCGGAGUAACACCAGACAACCUGUCCGGGCGCUCGGGUCGAGCCUGAAAGCCGUGCGCUGCCGGCCGUCAUGAGUAAGCCCCUGAAGCCAGACCUAAGGGUCUGGCGCAAGGCGGCCACCGUAGUGCUGGCGGCCGGAAGGAAGAGCUCGGGCGCCGCCGCGUCCUCCCUGCCGCCCACCGAGGGGUUCCGAUUGCUGCUUUUGCGGCGCUCCAUGGGCCAAGGCUUCUUGCCCGGCGCGCACGUCUUCCCAGGCGGCGUACUGGACGCUGCCGACCGCUCGGCUGACUGGCUGCACCUCUUUGCGCCGCACCACCUAGCACCUCGCUUUGGCCUGAGCCCGGCUACGCCCCAGCGACUAACCUUCCCGGUGUUGCCGGACUCUCGGCCCGAGGUCGAAAACGGGGAUGCCGCGGCGCUGCCUGAUGACGUAGCCAUGCGCAUCUGCGCCAUCCGCGAGGCCUUUGAGGAGGCCGGCGUGCUGUUGUUGCGGACCAGGGGCCCCCGGCAGAUUCCGGAGUCCCAGGAUUCCGAUCCCGAACCCGACUGCUCCCUCGAGCCUCCGCCGGACGUGUCCACCUGGCGCGCCCGCGUCCGUGGCGACGCGCGCCACUUCCUGGACCUGUGUGCGCACCUGGACUGCACGCCCAACAUCUGGGCGCUACACGACUGGAGCGGGUGGCUCACGCCGUUCAUUCCUGAGAAACGCCACCGCUUUGACACGAAUUUCUACCUGUGUUGCUUGCGCGAGCCGCCGCCCAUCCAACCUGAUUUGGCCGAGGUGGUUGACUGCCAGUGGUCAUCUCCAUCAGAAGCAACUAAAAGUUUCCUUUCAGAAGAAAUUUGGCUGGCACCCCCACAGUUCUAUGAAAUAAGAAGACUUGAAAACUUUGCUUCUCUUUCUAACUUGCACAAAUUUUGUUUGGAGCAUGCAUCAGAAGGGGCUGAAAGAUGGCUGCCUAUCAUCUGUGUAACUGCUGAUGGGAUGGUCUUUCUUUAUCCAGGAGAUGAGCUAUACUUAGAAGAUUCAGACUUUUUAGAAAAGGUUUUGUCUACUGAAAAAAAGACUGAAGAAAUCAUGAAGGAAGGCAAGAAACUUCACCGAUUAGUGCAACACAGCAGGCAUCUCUAUAGCAUUCAUGUGACUAUUCAGUCAAAGGGUAAACACAUUUACCCUAAGAACUAUGUGGUAAAUAAGAGCCAUUUGUAGGGUGUAGCUUCUUUGUAAGCUAGCCUCCUUGAAGUACAGUUCAUGAUUAAUAAGAGCCAACCAUAUUUGCUUAAAAUUUAAGGAACUUUGUGCCUAUAAAAGUUAUAAUGCAGUGUUUCUUAUUUCAAGUGGACAUCUCUUGUUUUAUUGUAUAAACUAUAUAGCAUCCACAUUAUAAAAUUUAUUAAUGAUUUUGUUACCAAAGUAAUAAAAAAUUCACAAUGUUUCCUACUUCUA